AUGUGUAAUAAAAGGGAGGGGAAGCAUUUUAUCAAGGAGAGGCUGGACAGAGCCCUUGCUAAUGUAGGCUUUCCUUCUUUGUUCUGCAAUUGUGAGGUGCAGGUGCUUCCAGUAGUUAACUCGGAUCGUAACCCAUUAUUUAUCAAAUGUCAUAAAGGUCAUAUUCAGCCGAAACCCAAUGCUCCCAUGUUGUUCCGGUAUGAAGCGGUUUGGUCUGAAAAUCAAGAGUGCAAAGACAUCAUUGCAAGCUUCUGGUCUCGCCAUGCGGGACAAAACAGUUCGUUUGGAUGGUUCAAAGAGGGAUUAAUGAGAUGUAGGGAGAAACUUCAAUUUUGGGCCAGGAGUAAUGCAAGAGACGCUAGGAAGGUGCUUCAAGUAAACAUGCAGAAACUUCGGUCACUGCAGAAUGUUAACCAAGGGGACUUGAAUGGGAGGAUUAAAGACAUUAAAAAUCAAGUUGAUGCACUGUUAGCAGAAGAAGAAAUUAAAUGGAGGCAACGAUCUAAACAAAUGUGGCUUAAGAGUGGGGACAAGAAUACACCCUACUUCCAUAAAUGCACAUCCCAAAGGAAACAACAAUAUACCAUCGAAAGUGUUGGCUAA